UCUGACUUGACUGCGCAUGUCUGUUUCGCCUCAAGCAUAAUAACGCUGCUGCUGCUGCUGCUGCUGCGGAUCCUCCGGGGAGCACACGGAGGGAGACGGCGGUGUUUGUGAGAGCAUGCCGGCAGACACAUCUCCUGUCCGGCUCUGUGUGACUGUUUCCAUGUGAGGGGAGGCUCCUGCUGGAGGAGGAACAUUAAACCUGAAGAGGAGGAGGAGGUGACAUGCCCUUCACUGCCUGGCGCAGUCCGUGCGCUGCUCGCUGUCAGACAAGGACGAGGUAAAGACCGGAAUGGUGCAUUUGAAUUACCCGUAUUCACGCUGAGGAGGGCUUGCUUUUCCAGCAGGUUUUGGAUUUUUUUUUUCAAGCGACAUUUAAUGCCCGAUCGCAGAGCCGGAGCGACGGGGAAAUGCAGCACAGGCGGUGUUUGGCUGCAGGUGGAUGGCCAACCUGACGGUGCCAGCCGCCGCUUCCCUCCCAUUCAGCCGCUGCCGCUGCAGCAGGUCUGGCUUCAUCCGGAGCUUUAAGAACAAACACUCAGAACACGAUCAGACUUAUUGACCCGAGCCAUGCUUCCUGGGGUCGGCGUGUUCGGCACCAGCCUGACCGCCCGGGUGAUCAUCCCGCUGCUGAAGAACGAGGGCUUCGCCGUCAAAGCGCUGUGGGGCCGGACGCAGGAGGAGGCGGAGGAGCUGGCCAAGGAGAUGAAUGUGCCGUUUUACACCAACCGGAUCGACGACGUGCUGCUGCAUCAGGAUGUGGACCUCGUCUGCAUCAACCUUCCGCCGCCUCUGACUCGCCAGAUCGCAGUCAAAACACUGGGUAUUGGAAAGAACGUCAUCUGUGAUCGGACAGCGACGCCUCUGGAUGCCUUCAGAAUGAUGUCAGCGGCCCAGUAUUACCCAAAGCUGCUGAGCAUUAUGGGAAAUGUGCUGCGUUUCUUGCCCGCCUUUGUUAGAAUGAAGGAGUUGUUGGAGGAAGGGUACGUCGGGGAGCUUCUGGUCUGUGAGGCCCAGGUCCACAGUGGAAGUCUCCUGGGGAAGAAGUACAACUGGAGCUGUGAUGACUUAAUGGGAGGCGGUGGCCUGCAUUCAGUCGGCAGCUACAUCAUCGACCUGCUUACGUUCCUGACCGGUCAGCGAGCGGCAAAAGUCCACGGCUUCCUCAAAACAUUUGUCAAACAAACUGAUCACAUCCGAGGCAUCCGGCAGAUCACCAGUGACGACUUCUGCACCUUCCAGAUGGUCUUGGAAGGAGGCGCCUGCUGCACUGUCACACUCAACUUCAACGUGCCCGGGGAGUUUCGGCAGGAGGUAAUCGUUGUGGGGACGGUGGGGAGGUUAACGGUCAUUGGGACGGACCUUUACGGACAGAAGAACAGCGGGGGCGGAGGAAGCGGUGGAGGUCCUGAACUCCUGCUCAAGGACACCACACCUCUGGAAAAGGCUUCCCUACCGGAGAAGGCCUUCAGUGACAUUCCCUCUCCUUAUCUAACGGGAACCAUCCGCAUGAUCCAGGCUGUGCGUCAGGCCUUCGAGGACCAGGACGACAGGCGGACGUGGGACGGGAGGCCUCUGACGAUGGCGGCUACCUUUGAGGAUUGUCUUUACGCUCUCUGCGUGGUGGAUACCAUCAAGAAAUCCAACCAUUGUGGAGAGUGGCAGAACAUUGUGGUGAUGACAGAGGAACCGGAGAUCAGCCCGGCUUAUUUAAUCAGCGAGGCCAUGAGGCGGAGUCGGAUGUCGCUAUACUGUUAGCAUCUAGCUGAUAUGAUGACCUCAUUGAUGGCCUGUGUUACCUUUAAAACUAGAGGUUUGCAUUGGAAAGGCCAUGGUAUUGUUGGAUAUUUAUUCAUGCAGCUACAAGUUUUAGCUCUUCAAUUCAUCACUGUUUCCAUUUAGUACUAUUCAAUAUUUAAUGUUGCUGUUACAGGCUGAGAGGUUACUCCACUAACUUCUUGAUACCCUGCUUUCAGUUUCUAAAAAAAAAGCAAAGUGAUGAAUAAUGAAACCUUAAUUUAUAAGGAAGCUUUUCUUGAAGACGUGCGUCCUUUCAUGUCGAUGCACUGGUAAAUCAAACUGAUUCAUACUAAACAAAGACAUUAGUCAUGCAGUUGAAGCAGAUCGGUGAGUGAAGCGAUGACUCCUGUGUUCUGCUUGAUCUAAACGGUAUUGCACCUCUCCUACCUGCGUCUCUCUCGUGUAACUUGGUCUGGAAGGCAGCACCUCACACUGUGGGUCCAAACGAGGACAGCCGAGGAAGAGCGCCGGUCCUCGCAGCUAAAACUGUGCCGCUGUAUUGUUGCUAUAAUCUGAAAUCCUUGUUACUUUUAUCAAGUGAAUGUUUAAAGAAUUAAGUGUGCUUGAUAGCUCCAGUAUUGUCUGGUCAAUAUGCUUUUUUUUUCCUGUAUGUGUGAAUCCAGAGAGAGAAAAAAAAUCAAUAGUUUGGCUUCAGUUUGGGUUUUCUGGAGGGUUUAACCUUCUGGUUUAUGUAUGCAAUAAUCCAGGUUGCAGUACGUCUCUCUUCCAGCUUGGAGUAAAAGGUUGAAAGAGAGUAAGGUAUGCCUUUAUGCAGUAACAGUAGCCUGUGCAACAACUUCCAAGUCCAGUAUCAGCUGCACUAAAUACUUGAUUGUUCCUUAUUUAUUUGAUGCAUUUGAGUCCGGAUAUUUAUACAGUCGUGCAAUAAUUUGCAAAGAAAUGCUGAGCAGUGUGGAGGUUUUAUCUGCAUGUUGCAAUUCAUAGAGUCACAUCUUUUGAUUUAACAUUAAGCAGCACCGUAAUGCAGGCUUAUCAGUACACGUCACAGUUCACACACACACACACACACACACACACACACCGUAAGACUAUGAAACUGCAGUAAAUUCAUUGCGCAGUGUGGUACGUGAUGGAAUAAACUAGCACACCUUUCCGUUUCUGUAAGCGAUAUUAAGGCUAGUGUUUUUCUAUGUUUUUCUUACUGUGACCAAAACCCAUUUACCCACCUGAAGACCAAAGCUAACACAGCAAUCCAUCUCUUAAUACUGAUUGACACCGUGGCGCUGGUGGCGCACUGAGCUCCAAGCGGGCGGCCCAGGUUCAAAUCCAGCCUGUGGCUCCUUUCCUGCAUGUCAUUCCCCACUCUCUCUCUCUCUCUCUCUCCCUGAUUUCUGAUUCUAUCCACUGUCCUAUCUCUCCCUUAAAGGCACAAAAAGCCCAAAAAAAGAAAAAUAAUUCUGAUUGACCCCAAGCCAAGUGUAACUUAUUGAAGGUUUUUAAUGAUAAGGGAUCUAAAAGGUUGAAAUUUGCAGAGAAUUCUCAACGAUGUAGAAUUUUAACACAUUUCAGCAGAUUGUUUUGGUUUAAUGGACUGCAGGUUUGUGCAUGUUUCUUCACUCAGACCAAUGUUGUUUACUUUGUUUCAAACUAAGGCAGGCUGCUCCUUUGAGGAUAAAAUAUGUGAUACAUCCACAGAAUGCUUCUUCACAGUAACAAAGACAAACAGACAAUCCUAGCGAGUCAGUAGACGUUCAGUACAGAGUUCCAAGAGCAAAAUCAUUGGAUGUCUAUUCAUCAACACAAACACAAAUAUAUCGAUUCUAAAAACACACCAAUGCUCUGUCACUAGUAUCUUUUGCUACUUAGACAGAAAAGUUCAUCUCUAAACUGUGGACUGAUUCACAUUUGAAGCCGAAGUAAGAAAACCAUAGAAAAUCACCACCUUUAUCUUUUAAGGGCCUAACUCACAUGCAACAGGAUUUUAAAUAGGACAAAAUAUUAUUUAAGAAAGUCAAUGCAGAACAACAGGAGCAAAACUGAGAACAAAAGAGGGGAUUUUCAAAAGCAUCACAGUUUAAAAUGUUGAAAGCUUAAUCGUGAUACACUGCAAAAACUCAAAUCUUAGCACAUGUAUUUAUCUCAUAUUUACGUAUUAUAAUCAAUACUUCCCUGACAAGUCCUGAUAAACACCGUAUCUAUUAGAUACUACUUUAGUUUCUUCAAAUAAGUAACAUGAAUGACAUAUUUCUCAGUUGACUCAGAUGUCGAUAUUCAGGAAUCAUUCACUUCCUAACCAUUGAUAAAGAGUGGUGCAUGGUGGGUUUCUUUCUCUUUUCAAUGACAAGCAGUCAGGACUGUAUCCUGUAAGUGGAAACACUCAUACUUACAUGCUAGCAAACCUAAUUUCGAUCAGUGCCAGUAUAAAACACAGAUGCACUAUCUGUGACAUCACUCUGAAAGCAUUUUGAAGCUGUUUUGAAGACAUCUUGAAGCCCGUCCCACCCAGUAAACAUGUUUAUUUCUGCUGUAAAACUCCACAUUUGAAUAUAGGACCUAAUGAUGAUACUUUGGCUUUUGCAGUAAAUUAUACAACAUCUCAUUUUAAGAAACUUAACAAGUCAAAUUUGCCUUCUCCAUUGGGCAGAUGUCUUUUAUUCAUGAAUAGCAAAUCCUGAUCAUGUUUGUUGUUUUGAUUUGUUUGUGGUUAUUUCUUGAAGUAAGGUGUUUAAGAGGACUCGUCAGGUAAAUGUGACCUGUAUAAGUGUAUGUAUAAGUUUUUGACUAGAAAUGAGACACUUACACUUGCUUAGAGUUGAGGGUUUUUUUUACAGUGUAUUUAGAGAUAAUUGAUGAUGUGUAAUGCACAGUGUUAAUAUUAUUUUACGUCUAAAGUCAACAGAUGCAGAAAGUCCAACUCGGCAUUGUAUUUUAUUACCUGUUGUUCACAAUGCAAAUCUCCAACAAACCGUCAGAAAGUAUUUGCAAACAAAGCUCGACGUGAACUUUACUAUCACUGAACACGGGUGAAAGAACAGCGCUGACCUACAAGCCAAAAAAUUGAUUUUUUUUUUUUUUUUUAAAUGCAUCUCUGUUCCCCUGUGUGGUUCCAAGUUCUUAAACUGUGCUGAAAUACUAUCUAUGUAACGACUACUGAAAAUGUACAUAUGGAAAUAUUAUAAAACAACAACAUGCGUUUGUCUCAAGAAAUAAACCAGUGCUGUAUGCUUUUUAUUUGUACAAACCAA